AUGUCUACUCGUAUACGUUCACGAUUAUUCGAUGGCUAUUUGGAACCGGUAGAUCCACGCUCCUGUCGAAGCGAAGUCUGGAAAAACUUUCGUCUGUAUAAUGUCGUUGGCACUGAUGGCGCUGGGAUUGAUCAUGAACGAUAUCGUGGUGUUCAGGUCGUCCGAUAUUCGACGAACGACAGCAAGUAUUCUGCUGGUGAUGUUGGAACUGUCGAGGGUGAUUUGGCGACUACAGCGACAUCACCCGCAACGGUGGCAACAGUACCUUGUACCAAGUUUGAAAACUUACUUGGAAAUUACAUUAUAUCUGGACUUCUGCCGCUCUCUCAUGUGGAAGAACCAUCGUUUAGAAAAUUAAUGAAUGCAUUUAUGCCUAGUUUUCAGCUACCCAGUUCCGAAUUCCUUCGUGGACAAAUUUUGGAACCGCAGUGGCAGAACUAUUUGAGAAAGAAGAAGGAAUUUUUUGAGGAAAUAGGGACAGUUGCACUAUCCAUGGAUGAGUAUGCAGUGCCUAUGCCCGUAUUUUUCAAAGGAUUUAUAGCAGUUAAAGCGCAUGGCCUGGGAAGAGGUUUUAAGCGGCGUCAGGUGACCCUUGAUGUAGUGCCUUUUGUCGACGACGAUGACUGCACAUGGGACGUUCAGGAAAGAUUGCAGUAUGCGUUGGAUGAGGUUGGAGUGCACUUCUCUCAGAUUACUGUUUUGGUAACUAGUGGACCUUUAAUGGAAAAGAUUGCUACGAACUUACGAAUUCCAUGGGUGCCGUGUUUAGCUCACAAAAUACAUUUGGCUGCUGAAGAGUUCUUAACUGUUGCCGAAGGAGCACAGUCAGUAUUGGCAAAAAUUAGGAACACUGCAGACGCUCUUCACCAUAGCUUAAAACUGAGGAAGGCAUUUAAUGCAGUGUGUACUAGAAUGAAUGAUACGUCUUCGUCUUGGACCUCGACAAUGACACUCCUACAAUUAGCCCGGAAAGGGGUUUCAGUUAUCAACGAAUUGGCGUCUGAGCUGUUACUUACGAAAGCUUCAAACAGGAUCAUUGCUAUCACGAAAGAAGAAAUGAAUAUAAUGGAUUCUUUGCUGCGGAUUCUUGAACUUUUUGAAGAAGUCACUUUAGAGGCUUCUAAACCGAAUAGUUGGUUGUCAAUGUACAUUCCCUAUGCAAAUGGUCUGGUGAAGGCUUUGGAAAGUGCAAGUGCUAAUCUCUCAUACAGCCGUUUAACGAAUCAAUUUGCGCUUACUGCACUGGCCGUCGUGAAGUCUUUUUUCUUUAAUGAUGGACGUGGAGGUUCUAACUCGGUUUCCGACAGCACGGAACUUAUGUUAGCGUUGUUUCUAGAUCCGCGUUAUGUAGGAUCCGAAAAGCUUUUUGAUGAGAAGACCUGGAAGUCGGUACGAACUUUGUUGCAAGAAAAGAUGCUACAGAAUUCAGGAAGAUCACUUCUGGCUUGUAGUGCAGAUAAUGCGAAGAACAUAAAAGAUGAGGAAGCAUUCGCUACUGUAGCAUCCGCGGUCAAUUCUUAUUUAACUGAUUCCCCAACUUGUCAGGAUCAAGGAGAUAAGGCAUUGUUUAAUGAGUUUGUCGAGGACGAGGUCGCAAGGUACUGUUACAUUGUUACUGAUGCAGUGAACCGUAAACCGCCUCAGGUUUUCUGGAGGAGACGCAAAAGGGAAUUUCCACAUUUAUUUCAAUUUGCGCAGCAAUACUUGAGUCCUCCUGUAUGUUCUGUGGAAGUUGAGAGGCUACUUGAGGAUUCUGGACGUUUGUUGUUUGAUGCGAGUAAUGGUGGUACUUAUGCGGAAGAAGAAUGGGUUCGGAAAGCUAUCUUACUCAGAGAGUUUAUGAGGAAAGGGAAGGAUUUCUUUGAUUUUGAAGCAGGCACCAAUCUACUCGAGUCGUCUUUAUCGUCUGAUGAUGACAUGGACUCUGAAUGUAUGGGUUUUAAUAAUCUUUUCCCCUCUAUUAUUCCCAGGAAUAGAAACCUUGUGAGUGUUUGUUCCAUGGAAUAUUCUAUGAGGAUCGGAAAGGAAAGAACGGUAAGGCACGAGGACAGGGGAGUUGUUGAGAAAGGGCUUUCGAAGCAGCCUUUAUACUUCUUUCUCAGAUCUUCAUCUGCUAUGGAAGUACAGUGCUUGUAUAAAUCUUUGUUGAUAACCUCUUCGGACGGAAGAAGCAGAGGAGGUAUUGGUCGUGGAGUGGGCAUCAAAUGGGAGGUGUAUUUUGUUGAGAAAUGGGAAAUGUUUUAG